AUGGGGCCACAGCAGCGAAAGGCCGUCUAUCACAUUUCAUCUACAAAGCCAGUUGAAGGAGUACGCAAAGGUCCCGCACCAUUCCUCCAGAGCUCCAGAAACAUGCACACGCACACCUUCGGUCUACUCUUACCAUGGUUGUGGACAUCCUGGCUGCUAAUGGCCGUUGACCUGUCUGCCGCACCCGUCUUUGAAGAGAGGUUAAAGUCAUGUGCGGCGGAUUUGGCCCUCAAAAUAGACAGCCUGUACACACAAGCCGGUGGUCCCAUCGGCAACAGCACGAUCCGCCAGGAGCUGGUGUCGGCAGCCGCCGUUAACUUUUCCACGGCAUGCUUGGGGCUACAAUUACAGACUCAAAGGGCUGUUCGAGUCAUGGUCCCCAACACCGGGCUAGCCGGCUUGCUGCAGAGCCAUGCCAAGGAGUUUGAGGCGGUCACAGGAAUUCGGGUCUCCCUCAACCCGGUCUCGUUCUACGAGGUGGUGUCGUUGUUGUUGCUGUCGUUGCUGGUGGUGGUGGUGGUGAUGGUGAUGGUGGGCAAGGAGAUCCAGCAGGAGCUCACGGCCGGUAUCCGGGAGUUCUCUGACGGCUGGGUGAUUGACCCCGCCGUGACAGGCGAAAUAGCGAGCUUGAACGGCUUCAAGUCAUUGGACGAAUAUAUUCCGGAGGACGCCAGCCUGCAAUGGAACGAUAUUUCGCGAUUCUUCCGGGCCGCGUCGGCAAUCUACGAUGGGAAGGUUGUGGCGAUUCCGCUGGACGGUGAUCUGAUGCUUAUGUACUACAGGCGUGACCUCUUCCUACGGUACAACCUGUCCGUACCCGUCACGUGGGACGAUUUCGUACAACUGGCCGAGCAGAUGAACGGCACAGAUGUCGACGGCGACGGUGUGCCGGAUUUGUACGGCGCGUGCUUCGAUAUACAUUACACGAUCUGCAAGGCCAACUUCAUCAUGAUUGCAAUGGCGGCGCCGUACAUUCAGUACCGCGGUACGUCACAAGGCUUGUUCUUGGACCCGGACACGAUGGAUCCGCUGCUUGACAAUGCCGCGAUGGCCCACGUCCUGGAGCUGUACUUGCGGUUGUUUGCCGUACAACCGCCGACGCCGACAUGCGCCGCCAGCAACGCCGCUUUCCGAAACCGUACCUGCCUCAUGACUAUCAACUGGGGGCGGGUACCCGGGGUGGGAUGUCGGCGCGGCCUCAGGGUCUACGGUGGCUUUCCUCAUUAUGUAGCAGGCGCAUGCGCGUCCGCCCAGGACCACCUGAUCCCAUUGUACAUCACCGUACCAGGCGACUCGUUCAUCUGCGCGUUUCACACCGCCUCAGAAGCCGUACAGUGCGCCCUCCACAUCCAGCAGGAGCUGCUGGCCGGCCAAGACUGUCGUGCAGGUGCCGAGAUUGGCCUAACGCCGAGUGCCGUACACGGCGAGUUGAUGGACAUGCUCGCGCCGCGAUCCGUGCAGCAGCAGCCGGCGCGAUCAACUGACCCGCGGAAGUUCAUGCGCCAGCAAACGGGAGGUGUUGCCGCUACCGGCGGCAACGGGGAAAACGUGGCGAGUCGUACGGCAUACAAAAUUCGUACAGUGCAUGAUUACAUUAUUGCGGCGUGGCGUCUGGCGGCGGAGGCGGUGCCGGUCGUUGAUGUUCACCUUGCGGGCGUCGGCAGUGGCGGGUUCGACCGUUCCUCAGAGAACGGCGUAGCAGCGUCCGCCUCCGUGGGUUCCGCGGCGUGCAUUGGAGGCAGCGUUGCCGCUGGUACGGCAAGUACGGCAACGGCGGCAGGCGUGAGCUCUGCUCUGGUGGCGUCGCACGUGUUGGCGGGAGCGACGGGUCGUAGGGUCCCUUGGCGCCGUGCAAAGACAUUAUCCCGCGGCGGGAUGCCUCUGUGCGUGUUUCGGGGCUUGAGAGUACGGAUCGGCAUGGCAUCCGGAGUUCCGGAGCCGUCGGACGUGUCGUACAACACGGCGGAGGCGCGCUACCACUACAACGGCGUUGGGAUGCGCUUAGCACGUGCCGUACAAGGCGCUGCAGCCGGCGGGAUGAUUCUUCUCAGCGACAGUACCUUUGCGCAGCAACGUCAGGAACAGUCUGGAGGCGGCGGCGGCGGCGGCGGCGCCGUACGCUUGCCCUCCGCCUUGGGAUUCGGUCCUGGUGGUGGCGGCGGCGGCUGUGGUGGCGGCGGCGGCGGCGGGGCGGCUGUGUUGCUUUCGGGGGCUCUGUGGCUCCACAUGGGUCAGCACGACCUCCACCCCGACCUGCCGCCCCAGCAGGUCUACCAGGUGCUGGCGGCGCCUCUUGCGGGGCGGCUGGCGCUCUUCCCGCCGCUCAGCGUCAAGCGCUGUCUGGCAGUCGGUGUGCUGGGUGCUCCGGUGAGACGGGCGGCUGUGGCCUUUGUGCACGCGGUUGGGGCGACCUCCUUGCUGGCCUGGGAUGUUGCGGUGGCUAGGCAGGCGCUGGGGCUGCUGGAGGAGCGGUUCGCGGUGGAGCUGUUCAGAAGCUGCUGUGGGCAGGGAGGCGGGGGAGGCGCUGGUGGUGACAGCAGCGGCAGAGGGGGCGGAAGAGGGGGAGGCGGCGACGGGUACAUCCUGGGGGGACCGGCGGCGGCGGUGGCGGCGGCGGCCGCGACCGACCUAGAAGACCAGCAGCUACAUACAGCUCAAGGUCCAGCCGGUUCCGCCGCAGCAGCAGCAGCAGCAGUAGUACCGGUGGUCUCUGCAGCAGUGCCAAAGACGCAUCGUCGGUCCCUGGUGCUGCGGACUGAGCAGCAGGCGGUAGCAGCUCGAGUGCAGGCGCUGCUGUCAGACGGGCGGCUACAGACCGAGCCAUAA